AUGCGAUUCCGCGACAGAACUAAUACCACGUACGAGAAAGAUGAGGAGAAGCCACCGCAAGAAGUUGGGUUGCGCGAUCGCAUCGUGCAUUUCACAUGGCCAUGGUUCGCAUGUACGAUGUCAACAGGAUCAUUGGCUGUAGUCCUUGGGAACACCCCAAACAGGUUUACCGGCCUGGAAACCAUCGGCAAGGUGGUCUUCAUCUUCGACCUCGUACUCUUCAUCAUAUUCAACAUCUGCAUGUUCGCGCGGUUCCUCCUUGUCCCUCGCAAGCUACUCGGAUCGUUACACCACCCAGUUGAGGGUCUGUUCUUCGGCACGUACUGGGUGUCAGUCGCCCUCAUACUCAACUGCAUUUACAUUUAUGGCAACACGUCGACUGGGGCAUGGCUCACGAAAACUCUCGAAAUUUUGUACUGGAUGUACUGCGCCGCUGCUUUCCUCGUCGGUGUCAUCCAGUAUUCGCUCUUCUUCCGUCUCGAACGCCUCAACGUUGGCGACGCUGUGCCUGCUUGGAUUUUCCCAAUAUACCCUUUGCUUGUCGUGGGCACCCUGGCUGGUACUAUACUUCCAUCCCAACCUGAGACGCCCAGUUGGAAGAUAUUCGUCGGAGCUAUACAUUUUCAAGGACUCGCAUGGGUUGUUUCUUUCCUGCUGUAUGCGCUAUACAUGCAGCGCCUGAUGACCAGUUCUUUGCCGUCUCCCACUACCCGACCUGGGAUGUACGUAUCUGUUGGUCCAGCUGGUUACACCGCCGCUGGUCUCAUCUCCCUCGCGAACCAAGCACCGUCGCUUAUCGCCGCAAACUACUUUACGAACACUGUAGUCCCAGACGGCGAGAUUGUACGCAUCAUAGGCAUUAUGGCAGGCCUUUUCAUCAUAUUGUUCGCAUACUGGUUCUUCAUCAUAACAACCAUCGCUGUCAUAGUGGGAAUGCGUAGAAUGUCCUUCUCGCUGAACUGGUGGGCGUUCAUCUUUCCCAACGCAGGACUUACGCUUGCAACGAUACAAGUAGGGAAAGUACUACACAGUGAAGCUAUUAACGGUGUUGCGAGCGCUUUGACCGUUCUACUGGUCAUCAUGUGGUUCGUCACGGCAGUCUUUUGCAUUCGUGCCGUAUACCUCGGACAGGUCUUGUGGCCUGGAAAGGACGAAGACAAGACCAUGUCCAGAUUAGCCUGGGGUUGGCAGGGCAACAGGGACAACCCUGAAGCUGGCAAGAUCAGGCCAUAG